GGUUAACUUGCAAACGAAAUUGGUAAUGUUGCAGUCAGGUAAAACGUUACGCGAGAAAUCAGAUUUUCAUUCAUUUUCUCUGCCUGUGUUAGGGAAUGAGUACUGACCUUCUCCCUUACACCGUUAAAAGUGGCACUAACCCUCCACCGAUCGAUUACACAGUCCAGUCCGUUCUCAUUUCCAAUGGGGGGUAUACUACGUCACCCGGUACUACUCCCAAUAAAUUGAUAGGAUUCUUUCCCUCACGGUACACCUAUGCUAGGUGAAGGCGUACCUGAGAGUCAUAGGGAAAACCUAGCUUAAAAAAAAGCCACUUUACGAUCCAUUGACUCAUCCCGUUGGCUCUUAAUAGCGGUAAUUGUAUGGUAGCCAGCAGGAGUGUGUAUGUGGAGUACGGAAUCCAAUCAAGCACUGAAAAAGGGAGCGGCGUGUUGAGAACUGGACAAUGACGUAAUGUCGCUCACUCCGCGGAGUCCUGAAUAACAACCUGAACAACAGCUCCGGGCUGGUCUUUCGGCUGCCAUGACGCCAGCCGCCUGCUCUGCAGGGGUUAGUGUCGUCUUUUAUAUUGGCAGACAGUUUUCUAAUUAAAAUACAUAGAUGUGACCGAGAGGCUCUAUCAUGAGAGCCGUUACUGGUGACACAAGUAGUUCUCACCUUGACACGCAUCCCAAAGUGAUAUGGUCUGCUCGACUCCGUCUCACUUGCUGUGAGAUUUAAUAGAAAUGCACCAAGACCUUUGCAUUUUUCUUCACUUCCUUUCCCGUUCCCGCUUAGAACCCGGCUGCUGGAGCCAUUUGCUAAAACCUAGCACUAGGUGCUAUAUUUGAUGUGAAAAGAAGCAAUUAUCCCAGCACACAUGACAUCGCAUCCACACCGACCGCGAUUCCGAUUAAAGGUGAAACAUAUAAUUACGUCUACGAUGCUUUGUUGUGGGCGCAAGAAAGAAACAAGAGAGGCAACAGAUUAUCAAGUUUCGGAAGAGACCAGUCGAAGGGCUGGUCCUUCCCGUCCGAAAAUUCAACACGGCCAAGUACCAGAAAUGGUUAUCCAGAGCGAUUUUCGUAAGGUGAGCGGGAUAACGACAGAGAUAUUUCGACAGAUAGAAGCAAUAGAGAAUCAAUACGAUCCCACAACAGCGGCCAAUUUAGAAACUGUAGAGAAACGCGGCGAUAUGAUCAUUCGUCUACUAGAUCCCAACACAUUGGGCAAAGCAGGGGUGGAGGCCUGUCGGAACUACGUAAGAAAUGCCGACAGCAUCCACGUGGUACAAUUCGUAGAAAUUAUAAAAAGACCAGGACAAACUUUGGGACUUUACAUUAGAGAAGGGGAGACGAGCGAAGAAGGGGUCUUCAUUUCGAGAAUCGCUUUGGAGAGCGCCGUUUACAAUAGCGGUUUAUUGAAAGUUGGAGAUGAGAUUUUGGCGGUAAAUCUGGUGGACGUCAGACACGUCAGUUUGGACGACGUGGUCAUCAUCAUGUCCAUACCCAGAAGAUUGGUGCUGACUAUCAGAUCGAGGAUAUGCGGUGGAAAACCUAUCACUAAACUUGCCAAACAACGCGAUGAAGAAGCACGACCUCCCAUAGUCGUAGUGAAGAAAGGAAUGGAAGAAGAUACAAUGGAUGAUUAUGGGAAUAAUCAUGAGAAUGGUAUGCUGUUGAGAGCUAGAGUCAAAGGAUUGCCGAGUGAUAUGUCACCGAUGUGCAUCACUUUAGAACCACGUCAUUCGGACGACAGAAUGCUCUAUUAUAACUCCCAACCUGCGGCAAUGCCCGCAGGUGGGCGUGUGCCCAAAUUGGUGGAAGAUAUAAGAGCAGGGGAUGAGAGAACAUGGCCUAGGACUGCGGAAUCCCGAAUAAUUACACGACAGCCGUUUAGCCAGCAGAAAUACCCUAAGACAUUAGAAUCACUGGCAGAGCAGAUUCACACUUUUCACGCGAUGCCUCCACAGGAAGGGCGCAGAUCUAUGUUUCCUUCUUCGCACACACACAUACAGUUUCCGAGACUCGAUCGUAGGAAUGUCUACUGGGACGAACAAACUGCAACUCUGGGCAGAACUACACGUUUAUUGCGCACAGAAAGUGAACAAAGGAUUUCGACAGUCGCUCACGAUAAUUACGAUAAAUAUUCUUCAUUCGGUAUACGUCAUAACGUAGGUGUGUCGGCAACUAUGCAACCGAGAGGUCGAUUGAGACGUUACGACGAGUUGUCACAAUCCAUGGCUGCUUUGCGUAGAAGAAUACCUCAAGACAGUGCUUCGGAUACCGAAGUCCAAUCGGGACCGGUUCGAGACGUUAUGACUCGCCAGUCUCAAACUAUACCACAUCAACAACAACAGUUCGGUAUGCCAAUCAUACCCAGAGGCUACGGACAACUUCGAAGCAAUUCACUGCCACGUGUACGCACUACAGACCAAAUUUAUCGUCGUCCUCAACAAGCUGUGCGAUUCGAAAAACACCUACUGCCUUAUGAUUCUCAGGAUGAUAGUGACGGCGCUCUCUCUGCACCAGAGCUUCCAGCAACCAAACCGGACAGGAGAGGAAUUGGACGACGGGGUCCAUCCCCUCCUGUUACUUGCCCUGCCGAUUAUAGAGCUUGGCUAAAUCGUGCACCUUCCACAUCAGCUAUUUACGAAAAGGUGAGACGAGCCCAAGGAGUGCGUCAUACAACUUUACCUCGGGUGGCCCACAGUGCAGAAAGUCUGUUGGACACACUGAGACAGGACGAGCAGAGAGGAAUCCAACCACUGAUGAUGUACCCCAGGCGACCAUUUCUCAGGGCAGCAGCUGAAAAUACAGAUAAGAGUGGACUACAGCCACUAGCACUUGAAUACAUACGUCAAGUGCCAAAUCCUACACCAGUUAAACCAUCAGAAGAUAAAUUACAACUUCUAACACUAAAUCCCAGGGACUACGUCAAGUAUCGUCCCGAAAAGGACUCGGAAACGGUUUUACAGAACGGUGGUUUCAGCGGUCUCUUGUGGAUUCACCUGGUUGCUGGAAGAGGUUUGCGACCCACUAGUCACAGCGAUCAUUUCCGUGAUCUGUACUGCGUCAUUGAAUGUGAUCGUGUACACAAAGCACGAACUGUAGUUCGCACGGGCGAGCAUAGCUUCGAUUGGGAUGAGGUUUUCGAGUUAGAUAUAGUAGAUAGUAUGGAACUAUCAUUCUUGCUGUAUAGUUGGGAUCCUCAAUUUCGGCACAAACUCUGCUAUAAGGGUACAAUACAUCUGUUAACUAUUCUCCGUGAAUCACCGGUACACAGUCUGGCUCUGAAAAUGGAACCACGUGGAACCUUAUACGUAAAGUUGCGCUAUCGCGAUCCGAGGCAGACUUUCCAACGUUUACCUGUAAUGUCUGACACUGCUCUGUUCGGAGUAGACUUAGAAACUGUGGUUAUUCGUGAAAACUCAGGAUAUGCUGUGCCACGAAUCGUCAAGAGGUGCGUGGAAGAAGUGGAGAAGAGAGGACUCGAUAUUGUUGGUAUUUAUAGACUCUGUGGUUCGGAUGUUAGAAAGAAGAUGUUGCGAGAGGCGUUCGAAAGAAAUUCCAAGAACGUUGAUUUAUCAGUGGAACAUGUACCAGACAUCAAUGUCGUUACAAGUUUACUCAAAGACUAUUUAAGGGAGCUUCCAGAACCACUUUUCACUAAAGGAUUGUUCGACAUGUUGGUAGAUGGAUUUAGCGUUUGCCUACCGGACGAUCCUGAGGGUAAUGCUAAGUUAAUGUUCAGUAUACUCGAAUGCUUACCGAAAAUUAACCGGUUCACUGUGUUGUUCCUUCUGCACCAUUUAAAAUUAAUAACGUGUCAUAGUGACAGGAAUAAAAUGACUUCCCAAAAUUUAGCUGUGUGUUUUGGUCCAAUAGUAAUGUGUCAUACAGAAACCGGUACUCCUGUAGCCGAGUUAAAGCAACCCAUUGAUGUAUUCAGAUAUUUAUUGGAAAUUUGGCCGACAAAGAGAGAUAACGACUGGUGCGUUCUUGGAAGCGACAGUAGUGGUUCUAGUAACACGGAACAGUCGGAGGCAACACCGCCAACUACUACUACUGCAGAAAACCAGCCUACCAAUAGUAACAACACGUUAAAAAAAUCGGUGACGUGGAUAGGCCAACGAUCCUUACCCGAAUCUUCCUGUUAAAAAACAAAAAAAUAAAAAGGUUGAAAGUAUGGAAAAGGUGCUAUUCUACAGAGUUGGCUCUCGAUGUCUACGUGAUUUAGACUGUAUUUUCUGUUUUUAAAUAUUUGUUUUUUACUUUUUACACGUCAGGAGUUUCCGUUUUUGGAUUCCCACAGAUAUUGUCUUUGAGGUAUAUAUAUACAUAUAUAUCUAAAUUUUUCUUAAUCCUGUUUUCCAUUAUGAAGUGUAACUUGUUUGAUAUACACAAUUAAAAUUACCCGUAUGUUGAA